AUGACAGAUGAGAUCGGAUAUAAUAGUACUAAUAAUGAUAAUCAAAGAAAUAUAUAUGUUAUAAAUGUUUGUCAAGAGUUGUCCAUCAAAAACGAGUUUCGCUUAAAUAGUCUAAGCGAUGAAAAAGUUGUGAUCAAACAGUUGAUCCAACAAUACUUGAAUCUCAAGUCUUCAAUUGGCACCACUAAUGAUGGCCUACUUAUACUGCAUACAAGUGUUUUACUAACACGACUGAUGACUGCAACUAUUUAUAUGAUAUCACAAGGUUUUCAUAACUAUUCGGUGAUUCCUUCUUCAUGUCUGGGAUCAGAUGGUAGUAGUGAUGAUGAUAGCAAUCAAAGACCUGGAGAAGGACUCAUAUGGCUGUUCCGAAACACCAGUGAUGGUGACGAUAGUCAACAUAAUAAUGAAAGUUAUGAUCAAUUAAGACGAUUGUUGGCAAACUUAGACACCAGACGUGAUGUCAAUGAUAAUGAUGGGCUCCUGGAGUUGGUUGAAGUGAUAUCAGUGCCGCACCUGAUGUCAGAUAACACUUUCUAUGAGACCGUCUAUAAUGCAAAUACCAUACAAAUGAUUAACAUAUUGAUCUCUAUGUCAAACGUUGAACCGAUAUUGUGA